AUGGCUGCGCCGGCGGAUGGCACACAAGCCCAGGUCGACCGACUGGCGGCAGAUAUUCGACAACUCAAGGCGGAGCUGAAGGCUCAGGGCCUCUCGAACUCAAAGAUCAACCAGCACGAGGCGGUUCUCCAGAAGGUUCAAGAGCUCCAGUCUUGGAAGCAGCAGCUGUCCAGUGAUGAUCCGCGGCGGGAUGAAGCAUUCUUUGCGCGCCAGAAGCAAGAGAAUGAAGAGCUGGAGCACCGAAAGCAGGCCCAAGCUGCGCAACAGCGUGCAGAACUCAAGGCGGCUGAGGAGAGCGCUCCUAGCCCUUUGGUGCAAAGGAAGAUCUUCCACCUGUUCCAGCACACAGGAAGUGGCCCGACAUUUCGCUACGAGCCUCCGCCGCGGCUGAACACCAAAGACUGUGGCUUUGGCAAAGGCCCAGAGCCCUUCCCUGCCGUCUAUGUCACCGAGAAGUGGGACGGGACCACGAUGCAGGCGACCUCCACCCACAUCUUCAAGCGCUUGGACUUGUGGGGGCCGCUGCCCUAG